AUGUUUGCGAGUACCGUAGCACUCGUUUUCAGUUCCUUAGUCGCAUUACUUAUAUACUGCUACGCAAAAUAUGGACGCUUCUACGCUUUAGCUAACCGUUUUAACGGCCCACCGGCAUGGCCCAUUAUUGGCAAUGCGCUUACCUUCGUCAACAUCGGAGCAGAUGAGUUUGUACGUCGCUGUUGUGAAAUGGUUGAAAAGUAUGGCAAGACGUGCCGCGUGUGGAUCGGUCCCGAGUUGAAUAUAAUCAUGCACGAACCGCACGACGUCGAAGUUUUGCUCAGCUCAAAUAAACUGGCGAUUAAAUCGGAUCAAUAUCGUUGUAUGAAAUGUUGGUUGCACGAUGGAUUGUUGCUGUCGCAUGGAUGUAAAUACCAACAGCGUCGUAAACUCGUGUCGCCAACAUUCCACUUCAGGAUGCUGGAAGAUUUCUUGAGUUGCUUUCAGAAACAUUCCAUGGUGUUGGUGCAGCAAUUGGGCGGACUGUGCGCUGAAGGUCGACCCUUUGAGCUGCGCCACUUUUUGGGUUUAUGCAUGUUGGAUACGAUUUGCGAUACUGCGAUGGGUGUACACAUACAAACGCAACGUAAUGCGGAUUGUGAAUACGUUAAGGCAUUGGAAAGUCUCAUGGGAAUAAUACACCUACGCAUGUACGAUCUGAAAUAUCACUUUGAUUUCAUCUUUCGCUGCACAUCGAAAGCAAAAGAAGCUAAACGAGCACUCGCCGUCAUAAAUGAUUUCGCGGAACAGGUAAUACUGCAGCGACGAAACGAGUUGGUGUACGCACCGAAAGCGAAGGAACAAGUGCACGAAGCGGACAAGCAGCAAACGGCAGGCAUAAAACGCAGGAAAACCUUCUUGGACAUCUUACUCAACUCAACGAUCAACGGACAGUGCCUGAGCAAUGUCGACAUAUGCGAGGAGGUGCAAACCUUCAUAUUCGCCGGUCACGAUACACUCUCGUCGGCGUUAAUGUUCUUCUUCUACUGUAUAGUCACGAAUCGUGAGUGGGAGCGCAAGUGCUACGAGGAGAUACGAAGCGUUUUCGGUACGGAAGUCGGCGCGAUCUCGGUCAGUCGCGAGCACUUGAAUCGGUUGCACUAUGUGGAUUUGUGCAUUAAGGAGUCGCUGCGCAUGUAUCCGCCGGUGGCGUUGAUAGGACGCAAAGCCUUGGAAGAGACCAAAAUUAAUGAUCACAUAAUACCGGCCGGUACAAAUAUUGGCUUUUCACCUUUGAUCUUUGGACGUCUACCUGAAGUUUAUGCCGAUCCGAACACAUUCAAACCGGAACGCUUCGAAGAGGUGGCGUGUGAGAACAGCGCAAAACUAAAUCCGUAUACGUUCACCUCAUUUUCGGCGGGUCCACGUAGUUGUCUGGGUCAAAAAUACGCAAUGCUGCAGAUGAAAGUGACAGUAGUGUAUAUUUUACUUAGUUUUAACAUGGAAUAUGUAGGCGAUGCUACGCAGGAGCUCAAACUAUCAAAUGAAUUAACCAUGCGUACGAAAGAUCCGCUAAUGUUUACGGUACGGCCACGUGACGUAAAAAGUGUAAAUUAGUAGUAUAAAAACUUCCAUAUAUAUUGUGUCAUUAUGAGAUCGAGUUCGUAGGCGAUUGCACUAAAGGGCCGAUACUUACAGCUGGUAUAUAUAUAUAUAUAUAUAUUAUACUGCGUACCUAAGAUACUUUGUUGUUCCGUUUGAAACCGAGGGUUUACUAGAGAGAAUACUCAUUAAUCGUUAAAUUAGCUGAACGUUCCCAUUGCGUCACAGGGAAAGUAUUAAUUGAUUGACCUAAUGAAACUAAUAUCAGAAACUUAUUAAUAAUUUUAUACUAUUUAACAAUACUUUACUUAUAAAAUUCUUCAUGUAGGAUACCUACCUCUGCUUUAAAUAUAUGUACGUAGGGCUCAUUCCUUUGCAAAAAAUCGAAUGGUUUUGUAUUUUUUUUUUAAGUUUUGUCGUGUCAUAAGUUGUCAAGUUCCUUUGGUCUAAUCUCUUCUCCAUAACUUGACGUAACAUAUUUGUCGUACUAGAUCACUUGUUCGAUCGAAAUCUCUUUCCUUCGAAUUGCUGAAUUAUAUUGGCCGAUUUUUUAAUUUCUGACUUUGAUAGUAGACACUAUUUUUAAAUUUUGCCAAUACUCUCCAUUUUCAUUCGGGUUCAAAAUUGCAUUUGAUAUUUUCCACUAGUUUCUGAACUUUUUUUUUUGUAAUUAAGGACCACCCUAAUCUCCUUUAUGUUUUUUAUGCAUCAGACACAUACAGUCAUGUGAAAAAUAAUAGGGACACUGCUUGAAAAUAGGUAAAAAAAAAAUAAAAAAAAUUAUCAAAAA